CCUUCCGUACUUUGGGGGGGCGGUGGUGCGCAGGCGCAGUCAGGGUGCUCUGAGGUGGGGGUAGCUGUCGCGUAUCAAGUUGCUCUCUGUCCUGGCCAAGGAAGCCAAGAGCGUAGAGGGUCCAGUUUCCAUCCUGCUCCCCGAUAUAUCCACUGAAGGAGAAAAGUUUGUGAAUUGGGUUCCCAAGUUUUGGGGAACCUGGGUUUGCGACGCGGGGGGACGGAGGAGGUUUGUAGGGAGCAUCCCCCAUGGAGCCCACCCAGACUGUAGACGACCUCAUCCUGACCCAGCAGUCCCCUGCUCCAGACCUUGGGGACCCUGAAGACCUCGGGGAUGAAGCCGUCGAUGGCUCGGACACUGUGGUCCUCAGUCUUUUCCCCUGUACCCCGGAGCCCGGGAUUCCUGAAUCUGAUAUCAGCGUCUCCUCUCCACAGGCCCGGCUACCCUAGACUCCCUGUCCAUCCACCAGCUCGCGGCCCAGGGGGAGCUGAGCCAGCUAAAGGAGCAUUUGAGGAAAGGCGACAACCUCAUCAACAAACCAGAUGAGCGUGGCUUCACCCCCCUGAUCUGGGCCUCGGCCUUCGGGGAGAUCGAGACCGUCCGCUUCCUGCUGGAGUGGGGUGCCGACCCCCACAUCCUGGCCAAGGAGCGGGAGAGUGCCCUGUCUCUCGCCAGUAUGGGCGGCUACACGGACAUCGUGGGGUUGCUGCUGGACCGGGACGUGGACAUCAACAUCUACGAUUGGAAUGGAGGGACCCCUCUGCUGUAUGCUGUGCGUGGGAACCACGUGAAGUGUGUUGAGGCCUUGCUGGCCCGAGGCGCCGAUCUGACCACCGAGGCCGACUCCGGCUACACCCCGAUGGACCUUGCCGUGGCCCUGGGAUAUCGGAAAGUCCAACAGGUGAUCGAGAACCAUAUCCUCAGACUCUUCCAGAACAACCUGGUCCCCGCCGACCCGGAGUGAAGGCCACCUGCCGGGGAGUCAAGAUACUCAGGGAACAAAAUGAUCGACCCAGAGCUGGGGGAACCCGGAACUGGCUUCAAAGGCAGCUUUUGGACAGACGGUGGGAGGGGACCCUUCCCAAGAAGAACCAAUAAACUUUUCUGUGCAGAAUGUU